AAAUAUUUCCCUUAUCAAAAAAAUUAUUGACACAUGGAGAGGCCUUGUUAUAAAAGAAAAGAAUCCAAAAAUUAAGUAAACCACACACUUCAAAAAAUUUAGUACCAUUAUAUUCACUCUUCAACUAAGUCCCUUUAUCAAAGCAUUUAACCACUUCUUCAUGACUCUUUACUCAACUCUCAUAUAUUUUUUCUUCUAACUUCCUCUCCAAUUCUCAAACUUAAUUUCUUCACAAUCAUCCAUCUUCAAAUGGAUAUCAAAAUUUUCAUUAUUGCAUCUAUCCUAACCUCAACAUUGUUCUUUGUUCUUUACAUUCCCACCAAAUUAACCAUACCAACCUCAAACUAUAGUCCUCCAAAUCCAAUGAAUAAAACCUUCAACAUCUCCAAUACCAACAAAAAAUAUCCAAUUAGUUUUGCAUAUUUAAUUUCAGGUUCAAAAGGAGAUGCUAUCAAAAUCAAAAGGUUGUUAAAGGCUUUGUACCAUCCAGGGAAUUAUUAUUUGAUUCAUAUGGAUCAUGGUGCACCAAAGAAAGAUCAUAGAGAUGUGAUUGAUUAUGUGAGUAAUGAACCUGUUUUUGGUCAAGUGGGAAAUGUUUGGAUUAUAAAGAAGAGUAAUUUUGUUACAUAUAAAGGUCCAACUAUGCUUUCUACAACUCUUCAUGCUAUGGCAAUUCUUCUUAGGAGUUGUAAAUGGGAUUGGUUUAUUAAUCUUAGUGCUUCUGAUUAUCCUUUGGUUACACAAGAUGAUCUGAUCCAUGCCUUUUCUGGAGUUCCAAAGCAUAUUAAUUUCAUUCAUCAUAACAGUCAUUUGGGUUGGAAAUUCAAUAAGAGAGGGAAGCCAAUAUUUAUAGAUCCAGCACUAUAUAGCCAAAAGAAAUCAGAUAUUUGGCAGGUUACUAAGCAAAGGAGUCUCCCAACAGCUUUUAAACUAUAUACAGGUUCAGCUUGGACAAUGUUAUCAAGAUCUUUUUCUGAGUAUUGCAUUAUUGGGUGGGAAAAUUUACCAAGAAUCCUCCUCUUAUACUACACAAAUUUUGUUUCAUCUCCAGAAGGAUAUUUCCAAACAGUUAUAUGCAACUCUAAAGACUACAAGAACACUACAGCUAAUAGUGAUCUACACUACAUUACUUGGGAUAAUCCUCCAAAACAACAUCCAAGAUCUCUAACACUCAAAGAUUAUAGGAAAAUGGUUUUGAGCAACCGUCCAUUUGCUAGAAAAUUUAAGAAAAAUGAUAUUGUUCUUGAUAAAAUUGAUAGAGAGCUUUUGAGAAGAAAUCGUGGACAAUUUUCUUUUGGAGGAUGGUGUUCAUCAUCAUCACAAGGUGGAAAGAAAAGAGCAUGUCAUAGUUUGAAAAUUGAGAAUUAUGGUGUUCUUAAGCCAAGUCUAGCCUCAAAAAAGAUGAAAAACAUGAUUUCAAAUAUUAUUUCAUUUAAAAAUUUACGCAAACAACAAUGUAGGUAACUUUAAUUUCAAUUUUCAUAUAUAAUUGAUCACUUGUAAAGAAUUUAGUCAUAUGAUAUAAUGGAGAAAUUUUGUGAGUUCAAGGUUUAUA